AUGUGUAAUAAGGAUGGUAUGGAAAGACUUAAGACCCAAUUGGGUUUUGAAGGUUGCUUUGUGGUUGACUCACGUGGACAUAGUGGGGGUCUAGCUUUACUCUGGAAAUUUGAAAAAGAAGUCGAAAUACAGGGGUUCUCGUUUCACAAUAUUGAUGCUCUUAUUCAUCUUCACGGGUAUCCUAUUUGGCGGCUUACAGGGGUUUAUGGGGAGCCUAAGAGAGAGAUUCGUACUCAAACAUGGGAUAUGUUUCGAUCUCUUAAAAACACUAAUGCUUUGUCGUGGUGCCUUAUAGGAGAUAUGAACAAUUUGGGGGAUCACUCAGAAAAGAGGGGGGCCCCUUUCACUUGGGAGAAAGGGAGGGAUAGUGAUAAUUGGAUAGAGGAAAGGCUUGACAAAGCCUUGGUGAACAAUGGAUGGCUGAAUUUAUUUUCCCAAGCUUCUCUUUUCAACCUCGAAGUUUCAACAUCUAACCAUUGCCCAUUGCUGCUGGUUUUUCAAGGUACCGUCUCUCUUACAACCUUUUCUUCUUUUCGUUUCAAGAACGCUUGGCUCCGGGAACCGAUGUGCAAGGUGUUGGUGGAAAGUUGUUGGGUAGGAUCGGGCAAUUGUACAAUUCAGGAGAAGAUUCGGCAUUGCGAGGAAGUGUUAGGAAAAUGGGGUAAAGACAUUACUGGUAGUUUCAAGAAACGAAUAGCUAAAUGCAAAGCGCAAAUUGGAAACUCGAAGUGGGGAAGAGACCCCGUGUCUAUUCAGCAACAUGAGGAAGGUAAGACUAAGCUUUAUGAAGUCUUAACUCAGCGUGAAACUUUUUGGAAACAACGUUCGAAGCAAUUUUGGUUGAAUUCGGGAGAUAAAAAUAGCAAAUACUUUCACUCGGUUGCUAGUUCUCGUAAGAGGAAUAAUAGAAUAUCUCAAUUACAAGAUCAAGGAGGCAGGUGGGUGACUUGGGAGUCGGGUUUGCAAGAUGUUAUCAAGGGGUAUUUCCAAGACCUUUUCCACUCUUCUGGUAUUGAGUUAGGUGCGACUUUGAAUGGGAUUUGGCCCACGGAAACUGAUGAGCAAAAUGAAAGCCUGCUGCUCCCUAUUGUGGAAGAUGAAGUUAGGAGAGCCCUUUUUCAAAUGCAUCCAGACAAAUCUCCGAGACCCGAUGGCAUGAAUCUGGCGUUCUAUCAAAAACACUGGGAUAUUAUGGGAAGUGAUGUAAUUCGUUUUGUUCAAGAUUUCUUUGAAUCUGGCAAGUUUCCGAAUUCCAUCAAUGACACUCAUAUUGUUUUAAUUUCGAAAAAGAAGAAUCCUUCCCAAAUAAGUGACUUGAGGUCGAUUUCCUUGUGUAAUGUCUUAUACAAAAUUGCUUCGAAAGUCCUAGCCAAUAGAAUGAAGGGUGUUCUUAAUGAGGCCAUCUCUGAAACACAAAGUGCGUUUGUGUCAGGUCGUUUAAUAUCUGAUAAUGUUAUGGUGGCUUUUGAAGUGAUGCACUACCUAAAGCGAAAAACUACGGGGCGUAAGGGGUACAUGGCAAUAAAGCUCGACAUGAGCAAGGCUUACGACCGAGUGGAAUGGGGAUUCUCAGGAACUGUUCUUCGUGUGAUGCAAUUCAGUGAACGAUGGACAACUUUAACUAUGAGUUGUGUUAAUUUGGUUCACUAUCAUGUUCUUAAUAGCGGUCAAAAAGUGGGUCCAAUAACUCCUUCAAGAGGGAUACUGGCUCGAAAUGCGCCAAUUGUUUCCCAUCUACAAUUCGCGGAUGACAGUUAUGUGUUUUGCCAAGCUACCGAAGAUGAAGCUGCUCAGUUAAUGCUCUUGCUUCAGAGUUUUGAAGGUGCGUCGGGCCAAAGAGUCAAUAUCCAGAAGUCAUCCGUCUUCUUCAGUUCGAACACCCGCGGGAUUACCAGGACCCGAAUAUGUGAUUUCAUGAACAUUAAUGAGGCUGGGGCUGAUGGAACGUGUAAGGAAAUUGAACGCUUGAUGGCUAAUUUCUGGUGGAAAAUCUCAUCUUCUAAUGGUGAAGGGAGUGGUAUUAUAUGGAUGAGUUGGGAUCGGAUGACAAAGCAUAAGUGUGAAGGUGGAAUGGGCUUCAGAAACUUAAGAGACUUUAAUCUUGCUAUGCUUGGUAAGCAAGGUUGGAGGCUUCUCGUUAACCAUGAUACUCUUGCUAGUAAAAUUUUUAAAGCAAGGUAUUACCCACAAGGAACCUAUCUUACUGCUGAAUUAGGAUCUAAUCCAAGUUUUAUUUGGAGCAGUAUAUAUGCGGCCUAA